AUGUCUAAAAGACGAAAUACAUCUGACGGCGAUAAUGAACGUCUGAAACGGGAGAAACGCCCUUCUCCCCCUCCUACUGUGCUUGAUAAAAUUGCUAUUCAUCCCCUUUUACGAAAUGGCAGUCCCAUCCCGACUAGUGUCAAUCCUUUAAAGAAUACGCGCAAAAGAGAAGGAUUUGUUGUGAACCCUUACAUCGACCAGAGCGACAUCAAGUAUUCUCGUCCGCGAAGGGAGUUCCAUCUGAAUGAGAAAGGAAAGUUCAUUGAGCGCGCAAAUGAAAUCCGUCGUCGAAUGGAGGAGGAGAGAAAAGAGAAAGAAGAGAUAAAAGAGCUAGCUGAUCAAGGCUUGACUCCCGAUGAGAGCUUAGGCGAGCAAUUUUUCCUCCCUAGUCGUCCGCCUGCGAUUGAGUGGUGGGAUCAGCCUUUGUUGAACGGCCGCCGGUAUGCUGACUUAACGAAGCUCACCUACACUGACCGAGCAGAUGUCAAAAAUCCAAUCACAGAGUAUAUCCAGCAUCCCGUUCCUAUAAUGGCACCGUGGGAGAAACACGUGAAGCCAGCGAUGUCGCUUUAUUUGACCAAAAAGGAAAUCAAAAGGCUACGGAAAAACGAUCGAAUGGAGAAGAUAAAAGAGAAGCAGGACAGGAUGAAAUUAGGGUUAGAUCCAACUCCUGCCCCUAAAGUGAAAUUGAAAAAUCUCAUGAACGUUCUCACGAACGAUGCAAUUAAGAAUCCUACUGAAGUUGAGGCUAGAGUGAGGAGAGAAAUAGAGGAACGCCGUUUAGUCCACGAAGCCACCAAUUUGGAACGAAAAGCUACAAAGGAAGACAAAGCAGAAAAGCUUGCCAGAAAACACGCAAGUGACCUUGAAAAGGGUUAUUAUACUGCUGUGUUUGUUAUUCAAGAGUUGGGAGAAACACAAAACCGAUACAAAGUUGACAUCAAUGCAAAACAACUCGAUCUUAGAGGAAUGUGUCUGAAUAUGAGCGACGGACCUAGUUUAGUCAUUGUGGAAGGAGGAGAACGUUCGGUUAACAAGUACAAACGUUUGAUCCUUCAUCGGAUUCAUUGGGAUAGCCAUUUCGAGCUACUGUGGGAAGGGCAGUUAGCCGAUCUACAUUUCUCGAAAUGGACAAUGUACAACUUCACAGACGAGGAAGACAUCCUAUCACUACUGGCCAAGUUCAGAUUGGACAAUUAUUGGAUCCAAGCGAAAGCCGCUAUAAUCAGGUCUUGA